UAUGGAUUCAGGAAGUGGGCAGUCUCUUAGUGAAGCGGCUCUGGUUGAGGAACUGGCGGUAAUAAACAUGUUAUAAAGGAUAGGAUGGCAGAGCCCAGUGAGGGCAGCCAGUCUGGACCUUUGCGGCCACCGUUCGCACUGGGAAGAGGACUGCCGGGUCGACCGUUACUGAGCCCUCCAACUCCGGGCAGACUCACAUCUCUGCGCUCUAGGGAUCUUACGCUGGGUGGAUAUAAAAAGAAAACAUUUGUACCAAACGUCCAUUCUGUUCGCAAAAGCAAAGAUGAGUUAAAGGAAGAGGCCCACACUGCACCGAAGAAGGAGAGGAGAGAGAGAGAGGACAGGCAGAGAGAACGCAAACGAAGAGAAAGACCUCAGACUAUUCAGUCCCACUCCAUUUUUGAACAAGGUCCAGCAGACACCAUCAGGAAAAUAGGAAGUUGGGGGAGCACAAGUCUGAGCGACUGUGAUCCUGCACUCGUUACCAAGUGUAUUAAAAAGGAGAAGAAUGUUUCUGAGGAUGGAGAAGCUGAAAUUCUACAAAAGCUCCAGCGAGACGAUUUCUUAGACGAUCCAGGCCUGAAAAACGACCCCAAACACAGACCGAUAAGGCUCCCACUCCAUCAGUCAUGCAACUUUCUUACAGCAGACACAGCUACCUUAUUAAAGGAGGAAUCACCUCAUCACACCUGUUUAAAGUCACCAAGAACAGAACGCCGGGAGUUGCCGUGUACAAACCAAUUUCACGCAGGUGAUCAGCCUUCUACGGUUGGAGAUCUUUUCCAGAACUUAAGCGUUUCAGACAAAGAGGAGCUUCUGUUCAUCCAGCUUCCUGAUACCAUUCCCGGCCCCCAGAAAGCCAGUAGUUCUGAUAAAUCAUCCAAAAAAGAGGGUAAGGAGAAGCCUGAGGACAAGCAGACGUCUUAUUCCAAAGCACAGGAUCCGGGGGAGAAGGAGGCUGUGCCGGUACUCUCAGACUUCUCAGAAGGACUGAUAGGAAGGCUGCAAAUCAGGAAAUCUGGCAAAGUACAGCUGGCUAUGGGGGAUAUUACGCUGGACGUCUCUGAAGGAGCAGCGUUUUCAUUUCUGCAGCAACUAGUGUCUGUGCGUCUCACGGAGGGUCUGACUGGAGACAUGACCGUGCUCGGCAACGUCACACACAAGUUGGUGUGCUCGCCUGACUUUGAGGCUCUCCUCCAGGGGGUCAAAACAACCCCCCCCACACAGUCACUCUCCAAGUUUUAGAUUCAUGUGUGAAAGUGUAAAUCCUUUUUCAGACAGAAACAGUUUUAUAUAUAGGUUAUAGGAUAAAUAUUCUGUCACAUCAUGUAAAAUUAUUUUUUUUAAUUUAUUUUUUUAUCAUUUUUUUUCUGACGUAUAUAGAAGCAAAUGAGGAGCCAUAUAAUUAAUUUAACAUGGUACAAAUAUCAGAUACCAGAUAUGUGGCAAACACAUUAGAGGUGCAAAGCAUCAGUAGGCAGCUAUAGGAAGACAGAUAGGUCAAUUCUAAAAGUAUUAAGUAGCUCCUAAUUUUAUAUUAUUAAACUGUUUAAGCUAAUUAUAUAAAUGCAACUAAUAGUUAAUUAUUACCGCAAGUUGGUUAUAAGGUCAGUUAUUCUUCUAUGGGGUGGGGGUCUUGAUAGUGGUGUAUAAAUCAAGUAGGCACUCCCAUCACAGUCAUUUAGGCCAAAAUUUCUUACCACUACUAUAUUACUAUUCUACAAAGGAUGUGUGUAAUAUGUAUUACUCCACCUUCCCAAAUAAAACUUACGCUGUAUGAAAAUGUAAAUUAAGUCUGUAAAUACUUACAUUUCUUACAGUGUACAAUUGUUCUUUGACAAUGUUGUAAUUAUUUAAUUUCAUUUAAUGUUGUGUUGUACUGUAAAAAUAAUACUCUUAACAGCUUUUGUAGAAAAUGUAUUUAUUGAGUAAUGAAGAUAUGAUACAAAACAG